AUGCCUCUUCCAGUCCCGUCACCUUCGCGGCUGCCCAGACACUCCGGGAACUCCUCGCCCCCUACCGUUACCAUUCGAAGAGUCUCUCCGCCAACAUCUCGUCCGGGCUCCUCGUCAAAGUCAAAGAUGAUGCCAUUCUCGGCGUCUGGGAAUCCGAGGCUUAGCCCUCCACGGCCAGUGAGCAUGAUAAACACCGCGAGCGGGAGUGGGAGCGUGAACCUCGUUCCCGAAGCGAUCGAGGAUAGCUCGAGAAUGCCUCCGCCACCGGCACCCAAUGGUGGGAGAACCAUGAGCAUGAGGAGCAACAUCAGCAACUCGAGCUCUGGGAGUAAAGGCAAGUCAAAAAAGUCCGAUGAACCGAAGAAGCAUAAGGGGCUUGGGAAGAUGUUGAGUUUACGCUCUCACAAUAAACCCGAUUCGCCGGAGAAAAAGAAGGGGGACGAGUCGUCCAGUCGGCUUGGUAGGGCCAUGUCCAUGACGUUCCGGUCCUCGAAGGGAGGUGACUCGGAGAAGGACAAGGAUAAGGAGAAAAAGUCGGCUGAGUCAAAGGGGAUAUUGGGGAGGACUAUGAGCCUAAGGACGCACAAAUCUAGUAUUGGAAGCGGUGCGAAGACUGAUCCUUCUGCUACCACUGCUCCGAAUGGGCCUGCGAAGGCCGGAAGACUGCGGCCGAACUCGGUCUAUAAUAAUAGCACGAGCUCUCUGUCCAAACUUGGGGCGGAGCCGAUCAGUUCUGCGACUGCAUCUGCAGCUCGCAGACCGACCACCGGUUCCAUCCCGGUAGCUCCAGUGAAAGCUCAUAGGCGGAGUGCGUCCACCGUGUCCACUGCAUCUGUAACACCCAGCAGCAACUCUCGCCCCGGAACAGCAACAAAAAAUAACACCACCCCGCCAGCUGGUAACAGCAAACGCCCCCCCUUCAGUUCCUUCAGCCAGGAAUACCCUCAACCCGCGCCCUCUGGUCCCUCCCCUCGAUCAAGAAUCCUCCCACCGCCCCCACUAGACACUCAAACCAUCCACCAACAAGCGCAACUCCUCCAACUCCUAACGCUACACUCCUCAUCAGGCCAAGUAUACCAAGAACUCAUAGCCUCGGCGACCACAACCCUAAAAUCCCGCUUUGAGCAACUCUCAGCCAGACACUAUGACGUCCGCGAAACCAGUAUAAAAAGGCAGAACCGCGCAAACUUGGACUCUUUAGCCCUCGUUGUAAACACUGGUUCUACCAUCCCAACGAAGCGCCGCCAGACGAUAAGGUCACCAGAGGAGCUCGUUCAGGCAUUCUCGGAGGGCAUCAAGCGCACGGACGCACUAAAAACCGGCGAGUUCCGUAAACUAUCCGCGACCUUUGGCGAGUGGAUUAGCGGGUACAACUCUUCUGCCACCGGCAGGGAAAAGUGGGUCGACGGGAUUGGCGAGAAUUGGCGAUACGAUUGCGACACCGUCGAGAGAAAGUUGCAAUCCGCCCUAAAGGGCAUCGAGGGCGUUCGGGAACUCUUUGGAACGUUGGGGGAUGACGAUGCAGUCAAGACUACUGUGCAAAGGGUUGCGGAAGGCUAUGCGCUGCUUGCAGGAGGGAUGCUCGAGGAAGUCGAGAUAAUGCGGAAGAUGGAGUGCGAGGUUGUCAUGAAGGAGCGGAGGACGCUUAGAGCCCGGGUGGAGAAUAUCAUGGUGGGUGAGGUCAGAGCUAAGGAAAUGGGGGUUUGGGUCAGAUAAGAUAUAGUAAUGCUGCUGGAUUCUUGCAGUGGUGGGGAUGGUGGUGGUUUCGUUUCUUUGUUUCCCUUCCCUUCUCUUCUGUCACUAUCGCGAGUGCAACGCUGGAGUCAUGAUUUAAUGCCCUUAUGUUCUUUUCCAAUUUUUUCUUUUUCUUUUUUUUUCUUUUACCUUUUUUCCUCACGUUCCUUUGAGAGUGGAGGGAGCAGGAGCAGAAGGAGGUGGA